AUGGGGUGUGCAGUAGGUUUUUCUCUUUAGGAAGAUUUGAAUUAGUCGAUUUCAAUCAAAGAGGCUUAAUUAUUAUUAUUAGACACUCCAAUUUAUAACAUAUAUUAGCCUAAGACAAUUGAAUCAACUUCUAUAUGUAAUUCACUAAAGUGGUGCGAUGAUGAUGAUAAUUUAGAAAAUCUUUUUGAAGAAUGUAGAAAAUUGGAGCAGGAUGAGAUAAAUGCAAAUGUGAGAAUUCUUAAGAAAGAUGAAAAUUAAGUUUAAGAGAUAUACUAAAUUUCAUAAUAAUCAAAAACAUACUCUUAAACAUCGAUAUGCUUGAAAAUCAGACGAAAUCUUUUUAUAAAGCACAACAAAUAACCAGAUAGGAAUCAAAAAAUUCCAAAUAGCAUUUUGAAAAGAUAACAUUUCAAAGAGGGUCAAGGAGUUACAGGCAAGAUUAAAAGUAAAAUGUCAUAGCAAAAAAUUGUAAGAUUUAGCAAAUGUUAUGUAAAAGUAAUACCAGAAAUCUCAAUCUAAAAGAGUACAAUCGAUUUUUUAACUAAGUCAAGAAAUGAUUUAAAUAAUUAAUUAAAAUGA